AUGGCCAAGUGGCUCAAAGACUACCUGAGUUUUGGCAGCAGGAAGGUUCCCCCACAGCCUCCCACGCCGGACUACACCGAGAGCGAGAUCCUAAAAGCCUACCGCCUCCAGAGGGACCUGGACUUCGAAGAUCCGUAUGAGGACUCGGAGAAUAGGCUCAGGGCUGAAUCUGGGACUUCUGAGCCCUCCACCCCAGUGUACGGCUCGCCCAUGAAGUCCUUGAGCAACAAUGUGAAAUCUCCCAAACACAGACUCAUCAAAGUGGACUCCCAGGACCUUGGGCGAACCAAGAUCCUGCUCAGUGCCAUCUCUUUGGAUGACCAGCAAGAACCUGCCGUGCCAUCUGCUCCACUGGCGGGGGACACAGAUUAUUCGGACCCCUUUGACGUUCGCUUGGACAUUCGACCAGAACCAGAUAUAAGACCGGUUCCCUCAGAGAACAAUAGCUACAUGGAACCAUAUGAGGCCCAGCGAGUCAUAACAGAGCUGCAGCGUGGCUCAGGUGGAGGACGAGCACGGGGCGGGCUACAGCUGUAUGACACCCCUUAUGAAGACAAGCGAGGCCAACGUCCAGGCUUCACAUUCGGAGAAGCUCAAGAAGAGGGCAAGGAGGUCAGCAGACUCCCGCAAGAUGACGAGAGACCCGCAGAUGAGUAUGACCAACCUUGGGAAUGGAAGAAGGAUCAUAUCUCCAAAGCUUUUGCAGUGCAAUUCGACGGACCCGAAUGGGACCGCUCGUCAUCACCGACCGAGCGCUUGCGUCCUCCAGGGCCCAGGUCCAGCCCAUUAAUGGGUGGCGGAGUGAAGUUUCGAAUGCCCCAGGAGGUUCUCACCAUGGUGGGGGAGAGAGUGGACCCAACACAGCCCCUGGAGAAGCAAGUGUGGUACCACGGUUCACUGUCUCGGUCUGAGGCCGAGUCGCUGCUCACGUUGAGUAAAGAGUGUAGCUACCUGGUGAGAAACAGCCAGACCAACAGAUGUGACUACUCGCUAUCCCUAAGGAGCUGCCAGGGUUUCAUGCACAUCAAGUUCACGCAGUGCAAGGAUGGCAAGUACGUGCUGGGACACAACAGCCCGCCGUUCGACUCCAUCCCUGAGCUGGUGCACUUCUACACGACGCACAAACUCCCCAUCCGUGGCGCCGAGCACCUGUCGCUGCUCUUUCCUGUGCUGGUGCAGACGCUCUGA